AUGGGCACUCCAGACAAGACGACAAAGACUCAGCCUGAGAUGGCUCAGCCCGAGCAUCACCGCCCUGCAUCCAUUCGCGGCAUCGACGGCGAUGAGAUCAACACUAUCAACGAUGGCGGCGACAUCAUGGACUCCAAGGAGCAAUCCGACGAGCCUGUUCAAAACAUCUUCAACCAAGGCGGCAAGAACUACAGAACACUCGGCAAAUGGGACACAGUCUUCGUCCUCGUCACCAACCAAGUCGGACUUGGUGUAUUAUCACUCCCAGGAUGCCUUAAAGUCCUCGGAGUCGUGCCGGGCGUCAUUGCGAUCAUUGGCCUCGGUUCCCUCUCUGCCUACACUGCAUAUGAACUCCUCCAGUUUUACAGAAAGUAUCCCCACGUCGUCAACGUUGUUGAUAUGUGCGGUAUCAUCGGUGGCCGACCGCUUGAGAUCAUUGCGGGUAUUGGUUUGAUGAUCAAGGUCAUGAUGACCUGUGCAUCUGCCAGUGUGACAUUAUCAGUUGCGUUCAACACCCUGAGUAACCAUGCCUUCUGUACCGUCAGCUUCGUCAUCAUCGCCGUCGUUGCUUGUUGGGCCUUAUGCCUCCCGAGAACCGUCAAAUUCGUCUCGCAAUCUGGUAUCCCCUCUACACUCAGUAUUCUAGCCGCUGCCCUUACCGUCAUGAUCAGCUUGGGUAUCGAUACUCCAUCUCAGGCCCCUCCAGGUUGGGAUCGCGAAAUCCAGGUUAUUGGCAACCCAACUUUCCGACAAGGUCUCAACGCUUGUCUCAAGAUCUGCUACGCCUAUGCCGGAAACAUCAGCUUCGUCUCAUACAUGGCCGAGAUGAAGAACCCUAGUCGUGAUUUCCCUAUGGCCUUGGCCUGCCUUGAGGUCUUCUCCAUUACCCUUUACACAAUCGUUGCCGUGGCCAUCUAUUGUCUGGCUGGGGACUUCACGACCUCUCCAGCUCUUGGAUCCGCGCCCCGAAUCGCCGCCAAGGUCGCCUACGGACUCGUGCUUCCUUGUGUGUUCGCGACAGCUAUGGCUUUCGGUCAUACCGGCAUCAAGUACAUGUAUGUUGUCGCCAUGCGAUCAAUUAAGGCUACCCACCAAGUCACAGACCGAAGUUUCAAGUCUUGGGGCAUCUGGGUUGCCUGUGUGACCCUUUACUGGAUCAUUGUCUUUGUCAUUUCCAACGCCAUCCCCAUUUUCGACUCCAUCCUCUCCAUCUCCUCCGCCACCACGAUCGCCUGGUUCACCUUUGGUCUCAGUGCCAUCUUCUGGUUUCACAUUAAUAAGGGCCAGUAUACCAAGAACUGGAAGAAGAUUGCCCUUUGCAUCAUUAACGGAAUGCUUAUUGUUCAGUCGUUGUUCAUGAACGGUGGAGGCUUGUGGUCUUCUAUCACCGAAUUAUUGAACAUCUUUGAGAACGAUAAGAGCUCUAUUCGUGGCGUCUUCUCAUGCGGUGACAACUCCAUUUAG